UGACAUCUGAUAUGCGCUAAAAAAUACACAUUUCACUUUUCACCAUCGAUGUGUGUAUCGACUAUCAUUACGCUCAGUAUGAGUAUCGUUUGUGAUUUCAAAUUCAAGGGUCAACCGGUAUUGACCUACCUUUAGGGUAUGCAAUUAGCACAAUGAAUUGAAUAUCAAUAUUUAAUGUUUCAAAAAUGUGUGCACACUAUUGUACUGUUGUAGUGCGGUAAUACAGUUUGUUAUCAACGGUGGUGCUCUAGUCUAGAAGAAUAAGAUUGUUUAUCACUUGUGAGACCUAAAAAUGGCUCUUGUAUUGAAGUCUCUAUACGAGUAUUAUAAUUUUUACUAUCACGAUGCGCAAGAUCCUCGAACAACUGGCCUGCUCCUGUUGAAUCCUCCCUGGAUGCCAGUCGUACUGAUUGCUAGUUAUUUGUACUUUGUUCGAAACCUCGGACCUAGAAUAAUGGCUAAUCGGAAGGCUUUCGAUCUCCGGUGGACAAUGUUACUGUACAACAUUCUACAAGUAAUUUUCAACAUUUACCUAGCUUGCAUCGGUACAAAAUUUAUGAUCGAAAAACGCGUAUCUUUGUUUUGCGAACCGGUUGAUCGUUCAUACAGUGUUACGGCAAUGAAGGAAGUGCAUUUUUUGCAUUUGUAUUAUCUGCUCAAAGUAUUCGAUUUGGUCGAUACGAUAUUCUUCGUACUUCGGAAAAGACAAAACCGCGUUUCGUUUCUUCAUGUUUACCAUCAUACGGGAAUGAUAUUGGGUCCGUUUUUCUACGUCCGAAUAUACGCCGGUGGACAUGGAGCUAUGCUUGCCCUGAUUAACACCUACGUCCACGCAAUUAUGUACUUCUAUUUCUUUUUGACUGUUUACCAACCAGAAUUAUCAAAAAAUGUUCGUUGGAAAAAAUUCGUCACAAUUUCGCAAAUGGUGCAAUUUGCCGGGCUAGUGGUGUACUUUGGAUUACCGGCGGUCAUGAACUUUGAAUGUGGCAUAUCAAAGUUCUGGCAUUGGACUAUUAUGGUACAGAAUUUCUUCAUGCUAGUCAUGUUCAUCGACUUCUAUCGGAAAACGUAUGGGAGGAAAUAAGAAGGAUUAGUAAAUGAAAUAGCAACGAUUGAUCCAGUCAUGUUUAGCUUUUGAGAAAUAUACCUACAGCAGUUGAAAUUACGGAGUAA